AUGCUGUCCAACCUGCACACAUUUGCAAAGAGUGACUGGGCGCAAGGGUGGAGCGAACGGGAACAAAAGCUGCUCACGAUGACAGGCAUUUUCGAGGGGGCCGUACUACGAGAGUUCGAACAAGGAUACGAGUUCUGGGACGUGGAUGGCAGGAUGCGGCGCUACGCCCAUGUCCUUCACACGCUCAACGGCGGCGCCGCGAGCGUUGAUCUCUUUAUUCAGAAGCACCCCAUCUUCAACGACACGGAGAUUAUAUCGGCAAACUCGGUAGACUGCCUGAACAGAGCUGGGGCCGACGACGCCGACCUCGAACCGUCACAGGUGUUCUUCGAGCUGUUGCUGAAGAAGGCCAAUGAGCAGACGUCCAUUAUGGAACGCAUCUUUCCAGAAGCGGAAACGUCCUUCUGGGAGCUCAUCGAGAAGAUCCGAGACGACAUCAUUCUGGAGUACUCUACUUCCUUGUUUGAUGCGGCACAUCAGCGAAGCCUUGGGGCUUAUCUAAAGGCGGUAUCAGGUGUUUUCGAACAGACAAUGCUGUUCUUCCAGUCUUUGACGCCACCGAAAACCUCAAAGGAGACGAUCGAGACCAAGGCCAGGGAGAUGACCAUCAGAGUAUUUGAGCCGCACGUUGACCUCUAUCUGCAAGAGGAGCUGGACUUUUUCACCAAGCACGCCGAGUUAGAGGUCGGUACCUGGGAAAAGAGGUUAUCAGAGCAGGAUGCCUCCGUCGAGUCCUUUUACAUGUCAAACAUCAAUCGUCAAGUUGAUAAGACGGACUUUUUGAGUUCGUUCAAAAAGGUCGUCAUGAUGCCUGUCAGCGUCCUUCCCAGCUUCCAAGCACCCUUUGGCGGCGGCGCAAAGCCCUCGACAGCGACGCCGGCCAACGGUUCGGGGCUCAACACACCUCAAUUAUCUCGUCCUGAGACACCAGGCGCCAGGGGGAGUGUGGAUGGGCGCAAGAGUCCUCUCCCGGACAAGGCGCCGACGGACGAGCUGGCAGCCAAGGCGGCGCUAAUGGCUUCCCGUCUCGAAGGCAUCAAGUCAUUGUUCAGCAUUGAAGUCGCUCUCAACCUCGUCCACGCGGCGCAGACGAGCCUUGGACGGGCGGCGCAGUUCAUCCGACUCAAGGGCCAGUACGGCGAAGAAGCGCGCGAGCAGUGCGAGACCAUCUUUGUCGUUCUCCUGCGGAUUCUCGGGACGAAGCAUGUCCAGGUCGGCUUCGAGAAGGCAGUUGGGCAUCUCUCCAACUACAACCCGCGCGAGGUCAGCCACCACGACCAGUCGGGCGUGGCGCCGCUGGUGCAGUUCAUCGAGCUGGUCAACGUCGGCGACCUCAUCUCGCAGAUGAUUGACGUAUUCUACGAGCAGCAGCUCGCGGGCCCCAAGAUUGCCGACAAGAACGACUUUCUCGACCCGGCGGGCCUCGCCAAGCGCAAGUGGGAGCAGAUGCUCGACGAGAACGUGGCGGCGGGCCUCAACAAAGGCAUCGACGUGCUCAUGGACGAGGUCGAAUUCCUGCACGGCUCGACGCAGCUGCCGACCGACUACAACCCGCAACUUGACGCCGCCAGCGGCAUCCUCGCGGACCCGGGCCCGACGGCGACGGCGCAGCGCAUCGUCGAGCUCGUCUCGGCGCACACGCGCAUGCUCGUCGGCAGCACGGACAAGUCCAUGCUCGACGUGUUCAACGGCGAGGUCGGGCUUCGCCUCUUCACGGCCGUCUGCAAGCACCUCAAGCGCCAGCGCGUCAGCACGGCCGGCGCCAUCAAGCUCAUCGCCGACAUGAACCUCUACUUUGAGUACAUACGCACGCUGCGCAACCAGGACCUGCUGGCCUACUUCAAGGCGCUGCGCGAGCUCAGCCAGAUCUACCUCAUUGAGCCGCAGCACGCCAAGGAGAUGGCCACGAUCAUCGCCGACGGUGACCGCUUUGGCGGCAUCUUCCGCGCCGAGGAGGUCUACGAGUACGCCCAGCGCCGCGCCGACUGGUACCAGGUCAAGACCAAGGUCGAGCGGGCCAUGUACGGGAUGGAAUGUCAGCUCAUGUAA